AUGGAUGAGGGUCAUAAAAUCCCCACAUUCUACUGCUGUUAUAUAUUGCAAUCAUUACACAAAAGACAGUCAUUUUAUAUUGGAUCAACUCCUAAUCCAUUUAGACGUCUAAGGCAGCAUAAUGGUAUCUUAAACAAAGGCGGUGCAUACAGGACACAUCGUCAAGGAACACGACCAUGGGAAAUGAUAGCUUGUAUUCAUGGUUUUGCCAGCAAUAUUGCAGCUCUCCAAUUUGAACAUGCCUGGCAACAUGGGUAUGCUACACAUUACGUAGCUGAAAAAGACCGAUUGAUAAAGAACAAGAAUGGCGGAAGAUCAUUACAACAUAAACUUGCAUUGGCCAGACAGUUAAUGUCUAAUCCGUACUUCCUACGAAUGCGACUUAUUAUUAAUUUUUUCAAUACUGAGGCACAUUCUGUAUGGGAACAGAACAAAUUUCGAGUAUGUAAGGAUAUUUCUAUCCAUACAGACAUCUCAGAAGGCGCUCUUACGUCUCUAUCAUCCAAGGUUUCCGUAGAUACAAUUUUAGCCCAUGCUGACACAAAUUUACAACUUGUAAGCGCAUUGUAUUGUCGCUAUGUGGACGCUGAAAAUGUCAAAAUCAAUAUUUAUCGUACUAAAUUAACUCACGGAUGUCUAUUAUGCAAGAUAUGCCUUAACGAUUUCGACUAUACUUCUGAAGACCCUAGUAUGAAACCCUUGGUGAUGUUCUGUCCAUUCAGUACAAAAUGUAAUAAAUUCAAUGAAGAUCAGACCAGUGAUAUAAAAGUUUGUGGGUUUCAGGCUCAUCUUUCAUGUGUUUAUAGUUUAUUUCAAAAGGAACGGAUAUCGAAGUUAAUGCCUAAAUCAUCUACUAACUCCGAACAGGAAUUAAUUCCUGAAAAGGGAAAUUGUCCUGAAUGUCAUAAUGAUUUGGAUUGGACACAAAUUGUGAGAGAUUCCACUCUAAUACGGAGCAAAUUUAUGAAUUCAUGA